AUGCUCUCCUCUGCCAUCCCGAGGUUGUGCGCGUGGUACGGCCCCGUCAGUCCGUCAGCCGUGGUCGACGUCUGUCUCAGUGGUGGUGGAUGGGUGGGUGCAGGUCGAGGCGCUGCUCGGCGAGAUCGAGCGGGUGACGCGCCGAGGCGGCCUGUACCUAUGCAUCAGCCAAUCGGACAAGCGCGCCUUUUACUUCGAGGACCAUUUCGGGCACAGCUGCGACGGGAGGCGUGGGCCAAGGCCGAGGAGUCUCCGAUGGGGCACCUCAACCCGGUGCCCUUCUUCCACCUCUACGCCCUCUCCCUUACUCUCCACCAGUAA